UCCCGCCGCCUCCGCUCCGUCCCCGCUAGUCCCUGGGAGUGUGGGCAGGGCUGCAGGGGGCUUCCGUGGGCCUGGCCUCUCCCACCACGGGAGGAAAAGCAGGGGGAAGCCCCCGGCGCCCGCCGCCUCCGGAGAGCCGCAGUGCCCUCGGCCUGUGUAGGCGCUGAAGACGAGCCCGGGCGGGGCCCCGGUGCGUCGUGCCUGUCGCCGUCCGUGUCCGGAGCGGAGGCCAGCGGCCGCCCGCUCGGCGCCCCGGACCGUAGGGGCACCACCCUGCCGGGCGUGGGCGACGGCCGGCCGGGGGCGCGCGGAGCAGCCGUCACGGGGCCUCGCCACGGCCUCCAGCGCCCCAGUCACGGGGAAUGCAGUGGCCCCCGACCCCUGGUGCCUCUCCGUGUCUGGGCUGGGCCUCCUCGAUCGCUUGCUCCGCGGCCACGACGCUCCUGAGGCAAACCGGCCGGGGCCCCCUCAUGGCGGCAAAGUGGUUCAAGGAGUUCCCCCUGAACCUGAAGACCGUGUCCGAGCGGGCCAAGCCCGGGGGCGGGGGCGGCGGCAAACUGCGCAAGAAUUCGGAGGCCGGCGGCACCGGGCAGACCGCGGGCAAGGGCCGCAAGAACUCGGCGGCCGAGCUGGGGAGCGGCAGGGCCGGCGUCGGUCCCCCCAAGGACAGCCGGCUGUCCCGGGACAGCCUGCAGGGUCUGAUUCAGGCCGCCGCGGGCAAGGGUCGCAAGAACUCCCGGGCCACCGAGGAGGAGCCCCACCGGGGUGCGACCAAGAGCUCGGGCUGCAGCACCUACAUCAACAGGCUCAUCAAGGUGGACACUCAGGAGAAGAAUGGGAAGAGCAGCUACCCCAGCAGCAGUAGCAGCAGCAGUAGCAGCAGCAGCAGCUCUUCCUCCGCGUCCUCUUCCCCUUCCUCCCUGGGCCCCGAGCUGGACAAGGGCAAGAUUAUUAAGCAGCAAGACACGGUCAUCAUUUUAGAAGACUAUGCUGACCCAUAUGAUGCCAAACGGACAAAGGGUCAAAGAGAUGCAGAGAGAGUAGGAGAGAACGAUGGUUACAUGGAACCCUAUGAUGCACAGCAAAUGAUAACAGAAAUUAGACGCCGCGGGUCCAAAGAUCCCCUGGUGAAGGCUCUUCAGCUGCUGGACAGCCCCUGCGAGCCAGGAGAGAACGGCCUGAAGUCAGAGACGUCCGCCAAAAGACGCAGCUCCAAGGACCUCCUGGGGAAGCCGCCGCAACUGUACGACACUCCCUACGAGCCUGCAGAAGGCGGCCCCAGGGCCGAGGGGAAGGCGCGGCCCCCAGACAGCCGGCUGCCCGAGAACGACGAGAGGCCGGCGGCGGAGUACGAGCAGCCCUGGGAGUGGAAGAAGGAGCAGAUCGUGCGGGCGCUGUCAGUCCAGUUUGAAGGAUCUGAGCGACCUGCCAAGGAGGAGACGGUGAGGCAGCACCACCGGCAGAAGAGCUGGACUCAGAAGAUCUUGAAGCCAGCCCUCUCGGACCACAGUGAGGGGGAGAAAGUGGACCCAGGCCUGCCUCUGGAGAAGCAGCCCUGGUAUCAUGGUGCCAUUACCCGUGCUGAGGCUGAGAGUCGACUACAGCCCUGCAAAGAAGCUGGGUAUCUGGUUCGAAAUAGCGAGUCAGGGAACAGUAGGUACUCCAUUGCACUAAAGACUAGUCAAGGAUGUGUCCACAUCAUAGUGGCUCAGACCAAAGACAACAAAUACACACUGAAUCAGACAAGCGCUGUGUUUGACAGCAUCCCCGAAGUGGUACACUACUAUUCCAAUGAAAAGUUGCCUUUCAAAGGGGCAGAACACAUGACCUUACUCUACCCCGUGCAUAACAAGCUCCACUAAGGUUCAGCCAUUGAAAACCCUGGGCCUCUGGCACCUACGAGGGCAUCAACACCCAACCAGCAUCUCAGCGGACAAGGCCGGACUGCUCCUUAGUAACUAGCAGAAAGUGAGAGUCUUCGUUUUUAAAGUCCAAGAGUCUUUGAUCUUGAAUUCAUUCCAUGGCACUUGGUUUCUGAUCUAUCCCUUGUUUCCAUGUUAAGUAGCUCUACAAUAAGAAAUUGUAAUUUGCCUGUUGUCUCCACCUCUGGGGUAGGAUGUUCUAUUUAGGGGAUGACUCUCAGGAAAGGUAAGUCAAGAGUUCAGGGGCAUUAAAGUGCUCCAGAAAUGUGCUGGUUGGUACCUGGAAUAUCUAGUCUCUAAACAAACCAAUGAAAAAACCACUUUGCUUUUAUGUGUGAUUGUGUGGACCAGAAGAGUGUGUAAUGUCGGACUCCUUAUUUUGGGAAAAUAGAUGAACAGUGGAAAAUACGAAUGAUGGGCAAGAAAGUUGUCUUUCUCCCUCGAGUGUCCUAAUUCAGCUCUGGAGUUCAUGAAAAUUCACAACUUUAGAGUCUGCCGUAAGAAUUAUUUAUUGGUCAGCCUUUCUAAGAAAGUUGGUGUUUUCUCAAUCUCUUUUUCAUCAUUUUUCAGCAAAUCAGUGAUAUAAGCAUAAAUAGGAUGGAAGAUGCCCCAGAUUUAAGAAUAACUGAUAUAAUUAAGCAUUGGCAUCAUUAUAAUUCUGAGUUAAAAUAUACAGCAAAGAUUUCAUUUCUAAUUUUUUAAAUUCUAAAAAUUCACAAAGCUCAACA